CAUGCGUUUUAUUAAGGAUCAGUGAUUUAAAAAAAAAAUCAGAUUUUUUUUUAAUGUGUUUGUAUUAGUUUUUGGUUUGAGCAUAUUUUAGUAAACAUUUUCUUGCAGUCAGAAUGUCUCAUAGCUGUCGUCUGCUUUGCGGGUUUUUAAUGAGCUGCAUCGGCUGGACUGGUAUUAUAAUAGCGACCUCAACAAACGACUGGGUCGUGACCUGUAAGUACGGCAUGCACACCUGCAGGAAGAUGGAUGAGCUGGAGACCAAGGGUUUGUGGACUGAGUGCGUCAUCUCCACUGCUCUCUAUCACUGCAUCUCACUCAACCAGAUCCUUGAUAUACCAGCUUACAUCCAGACGUCUCGGGCUCUGAUGGUGUCCGCCUCUCUGCUCGGUUUGCCCGCUCUGGCGCUCGUACUGCUGGCGAUGCCGUGCGUAAAACUGAGCCAAGAGACCGAAGACACCAAACACAGACGCGCAGUACUGGGAGGACUUCUCAUACUGUUCAUAUCUCUGUGUGGGAUGGUGUCGACCGUGUGGUUCCCCAUCGGAGUUGUUCACGAGGACGGCCUGAUGUCGUUCGGAUUCUCCUUGUAUGCUGGCUGGGUCGGUUCAGCCCUUUGUUUUUUUGGCAGCUCGGUGAUGAUUUGUUGCUCGAGGAGCGACGACCCAAGUCAAAAUCCUGAAAACCGCUACUACUACUCAAAACACAGCGGAGUUACCAAUUCCAACCCCCCUAUAAACAGCCAUGCCAAAAGCGCACAUGUGUGAGAGCGAAGACGCGCUGGAUAAGACCGCAGGCUCCUUACCUCAAGAUUCAAACACACACCAAUGAAAUAUGUGAAGAAUUUGUUUUCUACUGCCAUGGUUUGACUGCAAACAUGUGAAGAUUUGGCGGGAACAGAAUUCGGUGGAAACUGUUCUUUUUUUUGGCUAAAACUCGCAGACGUUUGAACAUUUAAGGCUUUGUUUGAACAGACGUUGAAAUGAAUCCAAAGGGAAACUGUUCUGUCUUCCCUGGGCAUGUUUUUAAAUCAACUUUUGUGAGUCAAAGUAUUUACAUAGUAUUCAUUUUGCUCCUAUAUUUUGUUUUUCCAGCGACUUGUGUAGAAGUUGUGCAUAUAAGCUUAUUAGCUCAUGCCAACAUUUAGGAAAGCAUGUACACCCAGACAGACAGAUAGACAGACGAACAGGAAACCUGUGUGGUUAAAUGACCAGAUGCCAUCUGCUCUGUUUUCCUGAUCUCCUCACAGCAUCCUGCACACAGCAUCCUAGGAAAUCAGCAUUUGCAAUUUGAGAAAAAAUAUCUGUAAGAGGAAAACCGGUCAUUUUUCUGGUCUCAUAUGGCUGCUGAUUGAUUUACUGUGGUAAUGCAUUAGACAUAAUACUUAUAUUAUACCGUCCACUAUGUUACACAAAUGUAAUGUGUCUGAAUGAAAAUAUAAUUCGCAAAAUAUUUAAAGGGACAGUUCACCCAAAAAUGAAAAUUACCCCAUGACACCAUCCUAGGUGUAUAUGACUCGUCUUUUAGACGAAUACAAAUGUAGUUAUAUUAAAAAAUGUUGUCUCUUCCAAGCUUUAUAAUGGUAGUGAAUGGCUGUUGAGAUUCUGAAGUCCAAUAAAGUGCCUCUAAGUUUUAAAUAUGGAUCUUUUCCCACACAAAUGUAUCGAUUCACUUCAGAAGGCCUUUAUAAACCUCCCAGAGCAGUGUGGAGUCCUUUUUAUGAUGGAUGGACACACUUUUUUGGACUUCAAAAUUUCAACACCCAUUCACUUCCAUUAUAAAGCUUGGAAGAGCCAGGUAAUUUUUUAAUAUAACUCUGAUUGUAUUCGUCUUAAAGAAAAAAGUCAUAUACACCUAGGAUGGCUUGAGGGUGAGAAAACCAUAGGGUAAUUUUCAUUUUUGGGUGAACUAUCCCUUUAAAAAACAUUUUUGUUAUAGCUGAUGACACAAAAAAGACACAAUUUGUGCUUGUAAAAUAUAUUAAUUUUAAUAUUUCGUUUUAAAUAUAUUUGUAUAUUCUUUUCAAACAUGUAACUCUUGAUCUCUGUGUAUAUGAAUGUGUUCUGAAUCUGAAUGAUUUUACGCACAUAGCUGUAGGGAAGAAAUGUCAAUAUCCCUGUGCAAACCUAAACAAGGGUGAAACCACAAGAGUAAGACAUUUCUACAAACCAACGGAGAAGGAAUUUGAUAUCAAUGUCGCAAAAUAUUUUGAGAACUAUUAAGCUUUCACAGGGAGCCAAUCAUAAUAUUUCCCCUUGAAAUUCAAGGGAGAAGCUUGAGAUUUUAGAUUAAACACAGCUGUGGAGAUGAUGUAAGGUGAAAAGUCCACUCAAUGCAUCUUCAGAGGGUUUCUGCUCAUGUAACGGCAACUUGCAUCGGUUUUUACUUCAAAGAGGCAUCCUGAGUUUUUACAUGGAGUAGACAAGGGCUUUUAGCAUCUAAAUAAUGGAGAACGAGUACUAACACUGAAACAGCAGCUCACAUCAGAAAAAAUACUAAUUCUGUUUAAUAUCUAAGCAUAUAUUUCAUUUUGUUAAGGAGGUUUUUUUUUAAAGGCACUUAUGAAGCCUCAGUAAAAAACUGGUCUAAACAUCCCUCUAGAUAAUUGCUUAUCUGUCACAAGGUGCAAAUGCAUUUAACAAGUACCUGUUCAAGAAAAAAUAUAUUAAGUUUUCUAAGAAAUACACUCAAAAAUGUUUUCAUAAAUAGUGAGAUGUGAUUAACAACAUCAACCCAAGAAAAUCCAUCAGUGACUGAUUUUGUUAAGUAGAAUGUGUUCCUGGAUUAACGUUGGUUCCUGUCAAACAAGCGCAGUACUAACCUUAACCAUUAACUAUCAACCCAGUUUUCUAAGGUCUUAAUUAAUUGAUUUUUAAAUUUAAAAUUAAAUUUACUUUAAAGACAGCAUGAAAUUGCAGUUCAGGUUUUACUGUUUUAUUUUAAUGUGUUUUUAUUUAUUCAGACAUUUUUAUUUUUAAUUAUUUUAAUCUCAGAUUUAUAGAAUGUGUUGGUAGGUUAACUAACGGACUAAAAGUUUUUUUUUUUUUUUAAUUUACAAUUACAAUGGAUAUUUACUACUAAAGUACAAAUCUAUAUAAUUUUUUGCAGUGGUGUUACUAUUCUUACAUUUUUUUGUCAACAAUAUGUUUUCAUUAGACAAACUUUAGGUUGGCUUGAGAAAGACUAGCCUGAAAAGAACAAAAAAAAACAGUUGUAAAGUAUAGACAUAGAUAGACAUAAUGAAUGAACGAACGAUAGAACAAACC